UCAUACUGUCGUAGACAUAGAUAUUUUAAGGCACUAUAAAUAGAUACUCUGUAUCUAAUGUAAUAGCUUAUUGAGUUUUAAAUAACAAGCUUUUCCGAAAGUUUAAUAAAGAAAAAAAAACACAGUCAAACUAAUAUUCUUACACCCAAGAGGAUAACAGGAAGUCAACGAAAGGGACUUUAGUCAUUCGUUUUAGCUAUUGGAUUUCAAAUGCCCCCGGUACUACCAAAUAAUUGGUACAGAUUAAGAUAAAGAAUUAGUAGUGUCAGUGUCACUGGUUACACUGGUAUCAGUGUCAGAAGAGACUCAUCACUCAACUCAAGAGAAGAGUGUGUCAACCUGGACUAGGUGGAGUAUUACUAUUGAUAUAUAGCUAUGGACUUUGGAUCUGAAUUUAUUCUUGCUGAUGAUGAAGCUGAAAUGGACACAUCUGAAAGUGAAGAGGAUGAUGAUGAUGAUGAAGAUGGUAUAGCUGGAUUUGAAUGUGAAAUCAUGGACAUGGGAAAUGAAGUAGAAGAGGAUCAUCCUGUUAGAGGGGAAAAGAAGAACAUUACUACCAACACAUUGAAAAUUGAACUGGCAAAAAUUAAAGAAGAACCAGAUUUACAUCUGCAAGAGAAAUUCAUGACUCGGUGUAAUAAUCCUGACUGUGGGGCUUAUUUUUCAGAACAUGAUAACUGGGUGAAAAAUGAUUUGGGCAAUAUUUGGCAAUGUCAGUUUUGUUCUGGAAAAUUACAACUGACCUCCAUUGAAGAUAAAGUGAACUUGCAAAGUAAGCAUGAUGUUUGUUAUGAACAUAUAGAAGAACAAUCAUCUCCCCCAGUUCUCAUUCAAGAUUACAAGAUUAUUUUUGUCAUUGACAAUUCUGGCAGUAUGGGCAGAAAGAUGCAGAUUCCAAAGAAAGAGGGAACUCUAAAAGAGAUCCGGCCUGCAGGUUCUGAUCCAACUGAUCCAAAUAAAGAAGGAAUAGAAGUCUCCUGGCUUCAGGCUGUACAGGCAACUGUGAUUGAUAUCAUUGAUGAAAUAAGCCAAUCAGAAUCUAACAGGAGGAUUGGGCUAAUAACCUUCAAUGAUAUAGUCACAAUCUAUGGCAAACAAAAAGCAGAGGAUGUAGUUGGAGCAGAUCUGGAAAACAGAGGUGCUUGUUUAAGUGCUGGUGAAAGAAAUUCCAACUUAUUACCAAUAUCAGAAGUGAAAGAUUAUCUGCAUGAAGUCUUAAAAGGUUUGGAGGAUGGAGGUCGAACUGCCUUAGGUCCAGCAUUGAUGGUAGCUUUAGGUAUGGUACAUAACUCCAGAGGCUCAAGAAUCAUUGUUUGCACUGAUGGUGCUGCUAAUAUUGGAUUCGGAAAAUUAGAAGAAGGGCCUUCAAAAGAAGAUGAGAAAUUUUAUCAACAACUUACCAACAAAGCAAAAGUUGCUGGAGCCUCUAUUUCUUUAAUAUCUUUUGACCAAUGUGAGCUGAAAACUUUGGAAAAGUUACCCAGAAAUACAGGAGGAACUGUAGAAACCAUUUUGCCAACCGAUUUAUCAAAACCAAUUAAAGAGGAAUUAAGUAAGAAAACCAUUGCAACAAAUGUGGAUGUGACAUUCUUAGUGCACAAAGACUUGUAUGUCUAUGAAAAGAACAAAGAAAAUGAAAACAGAGUUGAAAAUAAAAGUUCAGCUUCACUAUGCAUUGGAAAUGUUACAGAUGUUGGGAAACAAAGCAUUUGCUUUGAAUUUGCCUUCCGCAAUCCAUCACAGCUUAAAGCUCCACAACAGCAGAUUAGUAAUACUCUUCCCAGUUGCCCCAUACAUGGAGGUGGGCAACAUAAUCCUGGAAUGGGUUGUACUACUUGUUACCCCAGUUGUCAGACACCAACUAACCCAAACACAGUAAACACAAGCCAAGGAUCACCUGAAUAUCCAUUUCAGAUACAGAUCAGUUACAAAGAUGAAAAUGAUAAACUUCUGACUAGAGUGUGGACUAAAGUUUGCCCAAUGACUAAAAGCCGAGAAGUGGCCCAAAAAAGCAUGAAUCCAGAUGCUACAGUUACAAGUUUUGUACAAAAAUGUGCAAAAGAAAUCCUGGAUCUGAAACAAAAGACACUGCAGUCUGAGCUGAAACGAAAAGCACAUAAUAUUAUCAAUCAAGCUAAACAUCACAAAACACUUGACAAUAUUCUCCCCAACCCUGAACUAAUUAAAAAGCUGGAUGCAUUGAUAGACGCAUUAGAAGAGCUUACAGUAUCUGGUCUGAAUGAUGAAGUGUCUGCUAUGCUGUCUAAAUUUGCUACUAAAGCUUAAAAUUGAAAUCUAGUGAAACAAAUGUUCUAUCUCUGUAACCAUUGUAAUCUGAUGCUUAUAAUUCUUGUAUGUUCAUUAUGAUUUGUAGUCAUAUUUAGUUUUUGUUGUAUUAAAAUAUUAACUAGUUAGAUAUAUGUCAAGUUCAGAAUUUCAUCUUCAGAAUUCUUGGGAAUUUUUUCAGCAAUAUUUUCUUUCUUUUUUUUUUCUGUCCAGAAGCAAUUUUUCAGUUUUUUUUUUCAAAAUAUUUUGAAUCAGAUCUUAAAAUAAGUUAUAACAUUGUAACCAAUAAUAAUUUAACCUCAACAAUUGCUUAUUGGAUUAUUAGUUAUUGAACACUAACUAUGUUUAUUACAAAACUUUUAUAUAUUAACUCACUCUAUCUCUCUGUUAAAAGGUUUGUACAUGUUAUUUCUCCCACACCCCAAUCUCGAAUCAAGUUUAAAUUUUGCACAAUUAUUUCAU